AUGUCUAAUUCGAAUAUUCAACCGGAAAUAGAACCAUCUAUUGAACCAAAGAAGAAGUUAGAACUUGGUGCUAAUCUUUAUUGUAUCGAACCUAAGGAACUUCCUCUGAUUGAUAAGACCUCUACUGAGUAUAAAGAAGUCUCUAGUCUUUAUUUCACGACUGAGUUUUGGAAAGCUCUGGCUUAUAAGGAAGGUGCUUAUACUAACUUUGCCUGUAUAGCACCUUUAGUAGGAAUUACACCUUUACUAAUAUCUACUGACAUUUACUAUAAUAGAACGGCCUUUGUACUUUUCUCAAUGUACUAUGCAGUUGCUAUUCUGUUUAUCAAGAACCUUAUCUAUUGGUGGAUUUGUUUGCGAUCGCUUAAACGCAAGUACCGUAAGACUAUGCUUAAAGAGAUCUUUACACCAACGCAUUUAGUUAUGAAUGCUGCUUCUUUUGCUGCAAUGGUGGCUGGUUUGGCCAUUAUUGCGUACUACGUUGCUCUUGGUGACCGACAUAUUUCUAACUUACUAUUACAUGAUAAGAGUUCGCGUUUGGAAACUCCAGAGAUGGAGUUGAUUCCUUGGCUCACUAAAACUGUACAUUCCUAUGUUGGAGUAGCUUUUGUGUACUUGACUAUACUUGGUACAAGUGUUUUCAUCUUUAUGACCGACAAAAUAGAUAAGGUAAGUAAUAGUGUAGUGCGUAAGCACCAGUAUAAGUGGAAGAUUUGCAUAGUUAUUACUGGGACUCUUUGUAUCUUUGUUGAACGUCAAGCUAGUUUAUUCAUCCAUAAUCAGAAAUCGUUUAUUGAUGCAUGUUUAUCUACUGGUUUUAUCGCCUUUACUCUUUGUUUCUUCUAUGGGUUUGUUGUUUUCCUGAAAGAGACUAAGCAAGGCACUAUUGUCUUCCCUAAGCGCCUACGGCAUAUUCAAAACCGAAUUGAAGAAACAUCAGAAAUCGUUCUGAACAUUCUGUGUACUGCUCUUAUUCUAGGUGUUGGUUGGUUUACUCUUUUACAGAUAGCUAAUGAUCAGUGGUUUGAAUAA